AUUCAUUCACUCAUACACACACAGGUUUUUUUUUUUAUUUUUUUAAAAGCUUAAUCGAACAAUGUCAAGGCAGCAGGUUCUCAGCGCUUACAGGAAUCUUUUGAAAGCACAGCGACAGACAUUCAAAGGUGACUGGACAACACUUACAGCUGCCCGCCAGAAGACAUAUACCGAAUUUGACAGCAAACGCAAUGAGACAGAUGAGGCAAAAAUUAAACAGCAGCUCGAGCUUGCUAACCAGGUUGCUUCGCUCCUCCGCCACAACCUUGCUCAAGCCGUCCGCGUCGAGGGCUCAAAUGACGUUUACUCAUUAAAAUUGACGGAGGAGCACGAAUUGGGCGAUAAUGAGACUCUGAGACAGGCAUCCAAGAUGCGCAGACUCAAAAAUAAGGAAGCUGGUGCUAACGCUAACACAGCAACAAGUGGUGGAUGCGGGUCUCCUUCAUGCUGCUCUGCAUAAUAAUAAUAAAAUAGAAAAAAAAAGAAAAUGAGAAACCCUUGUAGUAGUAUACUUUGCAGUAGAAAAUAAGAAAGAAACAUCGUGCAGAAGAGUAUUUUGGUCCUAUUUCCACAUGUAUCAUACAAACAGUUAGCAAUAGACAAAAAUACAGAUAUCUCAGUCUAUCGAUCUAGGCAGGAGGAG